ACAGUCCCUCUGUGCUUCAGGACCGGCUGACUUGAGGUGCUGGAACCAGCAUUCCCGAGAAGACAGGAGGAUGCUGCCCAGUGACGGCGAGAAGAGACCUGAAGACGAUGAAGAGUCUGUUCUUCCUCCUGGUACCAUGACGACCUCGAAAGACGAGCCUGCCGAACAAUCAGAGGCCGCGGCAAGCUCUUCAGCCUAUCCGCUGAGCUCGGACUCUGCGGAGGAGACGCCUGCCUUGUUGCCACGGCGACAGCGGGAGGAGACGCAGGCCUCGUUGCCACGGCGACAGCGGGAGGAGGAGGAGACGCAGGCCGUCGCCGUCUCUCCGGACGGACGGUUCCUGAAGUUCAACAUCGUGAUCGGGAGGGGCUCCUUUAAGAACGUCUACAGGGGCCUCGACACCGAGAACAACGUGGAGGUGGCCUGGUGCGAACUGCAGACACACUGUCUGAACCGCUCAGAGCGUCUCAGGUUUUCGGAGGAAGUGCAGAUGUUGAAGGUUCUUCAGCAUCCGAACAUCGUCCGUUUCUACGACUCCUGGAAGUCGACACUGAGGGAAAACAAAUGCAUCGUCCUGGUGACGGAGCUCAUGACCUCCGGCACCCUGAAGACGUACCUACGGCGGUUCCGUCAGAUGAAGCUGAAGCUGCUGCAGCGCUGGAGUUUCCAGAUCCUGAAGGGGCUUCACUUCCUGCACUCUCGCGCCCCCCCCAUCCUGCACCGGGACCUGAAGUGUGACAACGUCUUCAUCACCGGGCCCAACGCCGCCGUGAAGAUCGGAGACCUCGGCCUCGCCACACUGAAGAGGGCCUCAUUCGCCCAGAGCGUCAUCGGGACCCCGGAGUUCAUGGCUCCAGAGAUGUACGAGGAGAAGUACGACGAGGCGGUGGACGUUUACGCCUUCGGGAUGUGCAUCCUGGAAAUGGCCACCUCCGAGUAUCCGUACUCCGAGUGCCAGAACGCCGCGCAGAUCUACCGCAAAGUCACCAGCGGAAUCAAACCGGACAGUUUCCUCAAAGUAAAAGUCCCCGAGCUGAAGGAGAUCAUAGAAGGCUGCAUUCAGACCGACAGCAGAGAAAGGUUCACGGUUCAGGACCUGCUGGAGCAGCGGUUCUUCCAGGAGCAGCUGGGGGUCACUGUGGAUCUGGUGGAGGAGGACGACGGCUGCAAGGUGGCACUCAAGCUGUGGCUCCGGAUGGACCACAACAAAAAGCUGCGCGGGAAAUACAAAGACAACAACGCCAUCGAGUUCCUGUUCGAGAUGUACAAGGACGUGCCGGAGGAGGUUGCCCAGGAGAUGGUGGUGCUUGGCUUCCUGUGCGAAUCCGACUACAAGCCAGUUGCCACGGCAAUCAGACACCGAGUUACAGCCAUAAAGCGUCAGCGCGAGAAACACCGCCGCCUGCUAGAGGAGUCUGACCCCGCCCCGAAACCAUCUGAACCGCCCAAUCACAGAGUGGCAGCCACCACAGGAUCAUCUGAUACUGGGAGGGCGGCCAAUCAGCAGACGCCAUGCAGUGCCGAGAAUUCUGGGAAGAGUGGGACGGAGGGACACCCCACGCACACCCCGGCUUCAGCAUACCCCUCCACGCCCACUCCCCUCACUCAGCCCGCCACCCUUCAUAAUGCCCCUGCUGCCGUGGCCCAGGAGACCCCCCGACCUCCGGCUCCUCCCCCUUUGACCAGGACUCCAUCCAAAGCCCCGCCCCUUCCGGUGCUGCGGUAUCCAAAAAGCAUCGCUGUCUCCCACAAUGCCGAGCGACACACAGUCAGUGGCUUCUCCUCACCUAUUGACAGCGCCGCCUCUGACGUGACCUCGGGUUUGAGUGACUGCAAUGACGGCCAAUCAGAGAAGGUCAACCAGGAAGUGGUGAUGGCGACGAAGCAGUUCAGGCGGAGAGCCAAAGCCCGCCUGAGAAUCACAGGGGUGUCGGACAUGGGGGACCGGGUGGUGGAGUGCCAGCUGCAGACCCACACCAGUAAGAUGGUGACGUUUAAGUUUGACCUGGACGGCGACAGCCCGGAGGAUAUCGCCUCGGUGAUGCUCCACAGAGACUUCCUGCUGCCGUCGGAGCGAGGCGGCUUCAUCCUCCGCAUGUAUGACAUCAUCCAGAGGGCGGAGUCUAUGAUGCAGCCCAGCAGCCCCCCCGCCCAGCAGAACCAGCCCCCACCGGACCAGCCCCUGCUGGACCCGCCCCCACCAGACCAGCCCCCACUGGACCCGCCCCCACUGGACCAGCCCCCACUGGACCUUAGCCGAACGCUGUCCUCAAACACACUUCCUGACGUCACUCCCAGUGGGAGUCACUGGGGGAGUCCCAGGUGGGGGGCAGUGACGUCCCGGGUCUUACUCUCUGCUCCCAAUCCCCCCCACCUUCUCCAGCUUCCUCCCCUCCCCCCCUCCCCCCACCCCCCUCCUCAGUAUAUCCUACCGUCUCCCUCUUACUCCCCCCCCAUCCUCCCACGCCUCCCCUCCUCCGCUCCUCCCCCUCCUCACUGGCCUCCCCCUGACCAGCCUCUGUUCUCCUUUGCUAACGUUCUCUCUUUGGCCAUGAGCGUUGCCCACUCCCUGUUGCCCCCCCAACCCCUGCCCCCCCCUUUUCCCUCCCCCCUCUCUCCCCCCAUGUCCCCAACCCUGGGACCUAGGCCCCACCCUGAAAGCCUCGCCCCCUUACUUGUUCCUCCCCCCUCCCUCAUGCCCUCGAGCCCCCCCGCCCUUUAUACAGGCUCUAGUCCUGACACCCAGCAGGGGGUGUUCCUCCCCUGGACCCCCGACACCCAGCAGGGGGCAUCACCCCGGACCCCCGACACCCACCAGGGGGCAUCACCGCGGACCCUCAACACCCAGCAGGGGGCCUCACCCAGGACCCCUGACACCCAGCAGGGGGUGUUCCUCCCCCGGACCCCUGACCCGCCUCAGCCUUUCAUGCGUCUCAGGGAUUCCCAGGUGUCCCCUGUCUUCCCCCCACCGGAGGCACAGAAACCCCCCCUGAUCACUGUGGGGCGUUUCCAGGUGUCACCUUCUAAAGAAGUUCCUGCUGUCAGUCAUCCAAAGCCCCGCCCCCUCAGCCAGGCCACACCCACCACUCAUUCCCCGCCUCCUUCCAUGGCCAGCAAAUCAGAGAGCAGCACGGAGGAGGCAAGCCAAUCAGAGAGCAGCAUCGGCACAGUGAAGCAAUCCCCGGUCAGAGGGCAGGAGGAGGGGAGGCAGGGGGGGUGCAGGCUGCGCAUCAGUCAGGAGGGGCCGACAGGCAGCGUUAGCCAAUCAUGGAGCCGCUCUACGCCCUGCAUCAGCUCUGACGAAUCAGAGAGCGAGAACAAGGAGAUGUGGGCGGAGCUGCUGGAGCUUCGUGACAGACACCAAGGAGAGGUGCAGGACCUGCAUGCCAAUCAGAAGCGAGAGAUUGAGCAGCUGUACCUGAGGAUGGGGAAAGUCCCGCCCCCUGGCAUCGCCCCCCCAGCCGUCAUGUUGAACCAGCGCCAGCGCCGCCUCUCCACCCGCAAAAACAGCUUGCAGAGAGCGAAGCUGCUGCCCCCUGCAGGUAUCAUGAGGAAGAACUCGAGCAGCAGUGGAUCUCAGGAGCCAACAGGGAGAGGCGUGACCUUUGCCCCCAAACACAGCUGAGCGGGUAGAAACGUCUUAGACACACCUGCACAGAUAACACAGGGGGGGCAUGCUGACAUCCAUGUUUUCCCGUACAAUGGCCCUAAUAAUUAUAUGAAGUAUUUGAUCCAUCUCAUUUGAUAAAAUAAAGGGAUGUAUUCCAGGAGGAAACAUUUAAAGGGGGUCCUGUCCUGCUCAUGUUCAGGUUUGAUAUUAGUAAUUAGUGCCUCUACUGUGACAAAAAAAGGUGCCUCUAAAAGUAUAAAAGUGAAAUUCUGAGAAAAAAGUAUGAAUUUUGAGAAAAUGAGUCCAAACUCUGAAAAAGUUUAAUUCAGAAAAACUUCACAUUUCGAAAUAGAAAAUGUGUGGGAGAGAAACUCCCUCUAGGGGAACACAGGGAUUUUGACCUUUGCAAACCAUUGGCAUGCACUACAUCUAUAGACACCUGCUCGUGUGCAGAUGAAUAAUUUAAAGGUGUCUGAUCUCUGCCUGCAGGGAGAAGCCGAUGAAGAGGACUCCACCUCAUGACCAUUAUUUUAUCAUAGAAACAUUGAUGAUUCAGUUUGACUCCGGAUCUGUUUCUAAGACGUUCAGCUCUUGAAGGAAGUCACUAUGUUUUGUUCUCCUCGUGAAAUUCAGCAGGAAAUCUCAAUAAUUUUAGACACAAUUUGAAACCAGGUCUUAAAAACCUGAAUCUGAUUCCUUCUACAGGUUGAAACGAUACUUAGGGUCUGAAUGAUUAAUAAAGAUGAAUUGAUUUGCCUCGAAGUUAUGAAUAUCUGCGUUACAGAUUAUGAUGCUGCUAUAAGCAGAUUUUGUGUUUAAAAUAUCUAUCAUUGUCCAGGAAGAUGUACUCUGACAUAUUACAGCUGUUUCGCUGAAUAGUACUUUUCUGUUUGAAGAAUAAAUUAUACUUAUUUGA